CUUUUUAAACAAACUUAAAAAAAAAAUUUUUAACCCAGAAGCUGUCAUUUGAACUGCUUUGCGCUAGACAACUACUGCUUUGCGCUAGGAACUAAUUUACUUUAAAACAUUCUUAAUAAGCACAGAGUAUUUAAAGAAAAGGAAUAUUUUCUUUAUAUUAAAAAUACAAAAAUUUUAAAUAUGUGAAAUAUUACACAUUAUGGUAUUGUGGUUAAUUGACGUAUAUUCACUAAACACGAAGAGCUGCGCACAACCAUUCUUUUUAUCAAUUUGAACUGAGCGUCUGAUAACGACGAGCUAACCUUGAAGGUUGAUUGAACUGCAAAAAGGAAAUAUUUUGACCCCCUAGACGGGCAUAUAAUUUGAUUUCCGCCGACCGCUUUAACCCCCGCCCCUGCAAUCUCCCUACCUCCAACGGGCGUACAAAUCCUGUCUGCCUUUUUAUGACUUUGUGUGCAAGGAGAACCAGGCAGUUUUUUGUAUCUGGCGGCGUGCUUCUUUUCGUCGAGCUUCGUUUCGUUUGGCCUGCUCUUUGCUCACCGUUUCGUCCCACCAACAAAAUAAAAAUAAAUAAAUAAAAAGAAGAGCCAAAACACAACUCGGAACUCGCUCUGCGCUUUGUUUGCCUGGCUCUUUUGCUUCGCUACUCCCUCCCUUCGCCUUCUCCGUCUUUCACCGUGUGCAUGAGCGAGUGUGCUGUGUGUGUGUGCGUUCGUUUGCGGCUGAGUGUGUGCGCGUUUGUACAUUGAACUCAAAUUCGAACCUGAGAAGAGGAGAAAAUAGUGAGAGCCAGUUGAGAACGAGACGAGAGACCCCGACAAACUUCCUUCCCUUUUCCCUUGCCCCACACACCUCAUUAACCCCCCGAAAAGGGUCUGAAGUUUCGCCGUUGCCUCCGUCCCAUCACAAAGCCCUUCGAUCACCUUCUCUGGUCAGAUGACCAAAAGCGACUUUCCGCCCGAGAAAUCAGUUUUAUUUUUUUAAACGUGAAACAUAUUAUAAAGCGUUAUAAUUAAAUAACAUGGAUGUGUUGUAAAACAAUUACCUGAUCUGGUUUGCCUUUAAUUGACCAAUAUGUUCUUCUCACACAUGGUAUUUGAAAAUUCAUAAAUUUAAAAGAACUUUUUGUAAUAAAUGGAUCACGUUUUUAUUUCCCUUAUUUGAAAGUUAAUUUUGUACUCAGAACUCAAGUUGUGCCGAAGCUCCUGGUCUCGUCCAGUUUUUUGCUGGAAAGAUGAAGUUCCGUGCCCUGAUGCAGGAUCCGAUGUACAUGCGCGAGUUCCAGGCUAUUGCGGCCACACUGGCCAAGCUGGCGAAGGACUGCGUAAUGAUCCUGGGCUCUCGCCAAAUGCACUUUAUCGUAAACGAGGAUCAGAGCUCCACUGCGUCUCCCCUAGUUUGGGCUAGCAUUGCGGCCGAUGAGUAUUUUCCAGAGUAUCGAAUGGAGGCUGCCCGACCGGAUCAGGAGUACAUAGUUUUGGGCAUGUCCUCGGCAAAUCUCGGAAGAGCUCUAUCUGUGCUUCGAGGAGGAGGCGUUAAUAGCUGCAAAUUGAAACUGCAAAGGAUUCAGUUUCCCUGCAUUUCGGUAAUAGCCUCAGUGCUUUUGUCCUCUUCAACAGAAGCCAGAGAAGUGGUUCACGAUGUUCCAGUGACCAUAAUCCCGGCCAGCGAUUGGCCCGCCUAUGUCGUGCCAAGGGUGCCAAGCUCCCAGUUGGCUUUGAGUCUGCCAUCUUUAAGACUGCUCCGAAGUCUCAUAGACAAGCUGAAGAACGUGUCGCCCAGCCUCGAGUUUCAGGCCAACAAUGAUGGAGAGCUUAAUGUCAUAGCCACAUCGGAAAUGUCCACGGUUACCAGUCGUUUCAAGAAACUACUGCUAAGAUCUGGGGAUGUGUCCCAGCAGGGGGCCUCCUGUUCAGUGGAUUCGAAAAAAGCCUCUGCCUUCUUCGGUGCGCUGCAACUCCCCAACGAUGAACUCACCAUUGGGAUCGAUAGAGAGCACACCAUUCAUCUGCAAAUUGAUGUACGACAGGAUGUCGUCCUUCAUUCCAUUCUGCCCGCUGUUUGCUUUUAGUUAAAGAUCGAAUUAAAAUUUUGCUUAGUCAAAGGAAUUCAUUUUGAAUAAAUCGAUAUUUUGUGUUAUUGUGAGAAAAAUUGUAUUAAUGCUUCUUGCUAACUGGAAGACGUUCUACUGAAUGAAAGUUAUUGGUAAUUCCCUGAAGUUGUUAUUUUAUCUUCAUGUUGAGAUAAGGGGUUUGCAAUCUGCUUAACAAAUUUCUUGUUUUUCCUGUGCACUGUUACUCAGAAAGAGGCUUUAAAUUGUUUUACCUCUGAGACAAACUUCGCUUUGAAAAAUCAAGCAUAACUAAAAAUAUGCUACGAUUAUCUGCGACUUACUGGUUAUCUUUAAAAGGGAUUUGGGGGAUAAAGAUACAAAGACACAAAAAAAAUGCUUUAUUUAAUAAGCAAGUGGUUUUUUUUUGAAAAUAUGUCAUACAAACUAAAACCAUAUUAUCAUGUAUGCGAUCGAAAUAUAUAAAUCCAGAACAAUGUUAUCUCAAAGUUUAUUUUCGUUUUAUUUUUUUUAUCGUUAUACACAUAUGAAAACUUUUGGCAAAAUACCGAAAGGGUAUGCAGUAUAAGAAAUGUACAUAUUUAUAGGAAAUGGAUGAAGGUUGAUGCAUGUGCAUUUGUGAAAAUAGAGCUUUUAGAUGCAUUUUUGAAAAAUAUUUAUUAUACCAAGUCGAACUCCUAAAACUCCAAACACCAUACAUAUAUCAAACAAGUUCGGUUUAGUAAGGGAAGUUUGACUGCUUUUGGUUUUCAAUGAUAUCUGUUGUUAUCGGUUAACGAAAGUUAGGGCAGCUCUUCUUUUUCGUCGUUCUCCGCUGCCUGUCCCAAAUUCGUCAGCAACCGUGGCCUCAUUUCGCCUUCUCGCUCUCUCACUCUGUCUUUCACUCACUCAGCUGCAUUGCUGAUGCACUUGCAUGAGCGUGUGUAUGUAUGACCGAGAGAGCGAGCUGCAUCCAUGCAUAUUUAUUGUUUGUUGUUACUGGUUUUUAAUUUUUUUUUUAAAUUUAAAAAACAGUGUGCACAUGCACACAUUUACAAUUGACUUGUAAUUACUUCGCUUGCAUUCACCUGCUGCGAACAACCCACUGCUACAUACGUUGUCUUCCUCAAAAGAGUUUGGUAUAAAUACAUACAUACAUACUUAAAUCUGUAAAAUGUUUAACAAAAUAGGAAAUUAUCCUUAUAAUAUAAACAUAUCUAUUGGUAUACCAAAUAAUGUAAAAUAUUUUUUUUAUUGUUGUGCCUAUUCCUAACAAAAAAAGUUUAAGUUAAAGAAAAACCAAGGCUUACAGAGAAACUUAUUAACUAAUGACGUGUAUUGCAUAUUCUUGAUAAAUUGGUUAAACUAUUAUUAUUCAAAGAAAAACGAUUUUGGAUAAUAUUCCUGGUAAAACUAUUACAUUUAAACUUAAUAGUGUAUUUACGAAAUUUAUUCAGUAACUUUACACGUAGGAAACAGUAUCUACUUUUAUAAAUAAAGAUAAGGGAGACAACAUGCAAAAAAAAAAUGAAGUCGGAAGAAAAACUAGUCAGUCGUUAUCGUUUUAUUCGCUUUUGGUUUUCUUUUUUACUGCGUUAUUUUUAUACACACACAUGGUUGGUUUGAGGAGGUCAGCUGAGUGCAUUUGUUACUGCGAGCGACCCUAUUAGAAUUGUCGUAAAUUGUAACUCUCUCACGCAUUUUCUUCCUCUCACACGCGCACGAUCAGCUGAUCGAUGGGGGGAGAUGAAAUCGGAACAACGGUGCCCACCACACAGGUACAUGAGAAAAGAGUGACAGAGAGCAAGUUGUGAAUGAGUGAAAGAGGGCAGUCCCCUAAAGGAAAUAACAGAGACCCACUCACUGGCUCCCCCUCAGCUUGACUCGACUACUCGGCCAUUUUGAGUGAAGGCAAAUCAGGAAUUUCAACUUAUUUUUAUAUAUUCUGUUUUAAAUCAAUUAGGUUAGCACAACGCCGCACAAGCAAGGUGUUUCUCUAAAAAAUCGGUGAGAGAGCGGUUUGUUGACCUCAUUCUUGGGGGUUGAGUGACCUGCUUUCUGCGGAUUGAGUGCUUGUAUUUAUCUAGCCAUUGAGUCACUUUGUUUUACUUAAUUAGUGUACUAUAACCGAAUUGUGUCUGGUAUUUUAUUUAAUUGUUUUCAAAUGACUAAUACGAAUAACAUUGCUGCCCCCGCCGAUUUGCUUUGAGUGCACUCCCCGCUCUUUCACUCAAGCAGCGUUGUGUCACUCACGGUGCUCUCCGUCGCCAUUUUCCGUCGAGAGCUAAUGUUUCUGUCGGUUCUGUCGUUUCUGCUUUUGCUUCAUUCGUGUGUUGGAUUUGAGUGCGUGCACAGCUGAAAAGUGAAGUGCAAACGACUGUAUUUUCUAGAAACGAAAAAAGCACAACACUCUCUCUCCAACGAAGCACGCAUUAAGGAAAUCGACAAGAAAACUGUAAAAAGUGAAGUGAAAGAGACAGAAAACAGUGAUUAUGAAAUGAUGAUGUAAAAGAGGAAAAGUCAAAUUGCGAAUUGAAUUUAAAUAUAGCUUAGAGACUUUUUGCAUGGUGUUAGUUAUCGGACCGAUUCAGAGCAAACAUUUCGAGAUCAAUAUUCAAUUAUUGGUUGUGUUGGCAUGUUAAGUGUGUUCGAUGCCGGUGCGGUUAAGUGUCGUCUAUGGCCGAAUCCGUUAAAAGUCAAUCGCUCUCUGCAUUGACGGAGGGGCAGCACGACGACGACGACGGUGGUUCAAAAG